AUGGGUCUCAAGCAACACAUGUCUAUGCCCCAAAAACCCGUUUCCAAUCGGCUAGCAGAGAAAGAGAAACCACCUUUAGUGCAGUGUUGGCGAUGUAAAGGACAUCACUCACCUGGACACUGUCCUCACUUUGUCUCUGCUCAGUCACUUCAAACCAAUCGAUCCCACUCCGCUAGCAGUAAGCAGACAACAUUUCCAGCUCCCAAAGCUGGCGGUCCGCUUAUCAAUCACUCUGUUUCUGCCACGUUUACCAAAAAGACCCCAAAAACAUGUACGAAUACACCACCUCCUGCAGCUGUGCCGCAACAAUUAGUUGUACCCCUGAGUAUUGCUACCUGGAAGGGGAAAGCCAUUGUUGAUACGGGUGCAAGUUACACUCUUCUUCAUGAGAAUCUUUAUAAAGAGCUCGGUGUACAAAGACUUCUUCCAUGGACCCGAGGUCCUCUUUACUUGGCGAAUGUAGAAGCAGAAAUUCCAUUAGGAUGGGUAAAUAUACCAGUCACUCUUCAUCACAAAGUUUUCAACAUACCUGCUGCUGUUCUUCCUGCUAAAGCUCUAGCCUAUGCUGUUGUACUAGGUUUGGACUUCAUUUUCUCUAGUGGACUCCAAAUCUAUGUGGCAGACCAAAAAUACUCCUUUAAGAGCACUCCAAAGGAGGAUUUUCCCUUCCAGCCUGGAAAUGCCAGUGUACCAGCUAUCUAUUCCCAACCUCAAAAGGAAAAGAAAGAAAACAAGCAACAGCUACGUCAGAUUCUGGAGUCCAACCCGCAAAUCUGCACACUUCAUCCGGGACGGACUAAAGUCCUUGAGCAUCACAUCUAUACCACCCACCAAGUGCCUAUCAAGCAGCGACCAUAUCGCACAAACCCUGCCAAGCCGGCUGUCAUAAAAGAACAGUUGGAGGAGAUGUUGGCUGCAGCCCAGCAUUUCUUGGACAUUCAGGCUGUUCUUCACAAGCUGAAAUUGGCUGGCCUAACAAUUAACCUGAAAAAAAGUAAGUUCUGUCUACCAGAAAUAACAUUUCUAGGACAUGUUGUCAACACCAAAGGAGUGUCUGCAGACCCAAGCAAAGUAGAAGCCAUACAGUCUUAUCCCGUGCCUACCAACAUCAAAGAAGUCCAGCGUUUUUUGGGAUUAGCUGGGUGGUACCACCGGUUUGUACCAAACUUCUCUAGAACGUGACAACCUCUGAAUGCAUGAAAAAAAAAGGGAUGUACAUUUCACUGGUCUGUACAAUGUCAAAAGGUUUUUGAACAUCUGAAAUCUUGUCUUACCUCUCCUCCCAUCCUCAGCCAUCCUGACUUACAGUUUCCUUUCACAGUCUACACAGAUGCCAGCGACACAGGUUUAGGUGCUGUGUUGACUCAGAAAAAGGAACAGGGAAUGGAACAAGUAAUUGCGUAUGCCAGCAGAACCUUGACCAAAGCAGAAAUAAAUUAUUCUACUACAGAGAAGGAAUGCUUGGCUGUAAUCUGGGCUCUCGAGAAAUGGCAGCACUACUUGGAGUACAAACUGUUCACAGUAAUCACAGACCACUCAGCACUACAGUGGGUAAUGUCUUCAACAAAAACCACAAGUCGUCUCAAUAGAUGGGCCUUGCGACUUCAGAAAUAUGAUUUUGUUGUUGAAUAUCGAAAAGGGAAAUUGAAUAUGGCACCUGAUGCUCUGUCUCGAAUGCACACCAGUUGUAGCCUUUACACCAGCCAACAGGAGAAGCCAGAACUUCCGAUGUCUCCUGCUGACAUCUGGGAUGAGCAGCACAAAGAUCCUGAGAUCAUAAGCAUACUUCAAGCCUUAGCAGAUAAUGACUCUACUCUAACAGACCAGUAUGAAGUACUGGAGGAUACUCUCUACCAUAAAAUACACCGGUCAAACAACGAAGUUCAUUAAAGA